AUGGAGGAAAUAUACCAAAAGAUCGCCGAGUUCAACCCGCAGCGUCCAAAGCAGUCUUCCGAGGUUGUCACCCAAUUUGAGGUGACCGAGCUCUGGCGCAAUGACGAUACGGGCAUCGUCAAUACCUGCGAUGCCACCGUUCCUGUUCAAAAUGUGCCUACGUGGCUAGCCUUGGAGACACGGCCCUCCGCCUCGGUAGGAACAGAGACCUUGGUCCUGCGCCUCGUUUGGCCCGAGUUCAACAUGGAUGAGCACCGCGUCGACCUGCCAGGCGCUGUUAAGCAGUUGCUGCUGGCAAAUUUCGGCCUUGAGCUGGCUUACGAAUACUUCCCGAGUUGCCUCGCCGGCGCCAGCGCCUUUCCCCAGGUUGCAAAGCCACAUGGAGACGAGCAAGCAUUCGUCUUUUGCUAUCUGCCCAAGAUUGCCGCCAUAUGGUCACAUAGUCGCUUCAGGCCGCCGUUGGCCCGCCAAAGUGCCACGAACGGCAUUUUGUUAGCCCAACGAAAAGAGAGAGAGACUAUUAAGCAAUUCCUUAAGAGCGAGAGCAAAUGGCAACUGGCCACUGCCAGCCAUGACAUGUUCCCUGCCCUCCUUUGCAGUCUCAUGCUCCAUGGCCAGAUCGAGAUUACACAAGGCGAGAUAAAGAACAACAUUCAGGCGGUUGAAGGAAGGACGGGAUACACCGACUUCAAGACCAAACGGAAACACCUGGCGACUGGGGAGCUGGCAGAUGUGGCUGCCAAGAUCACCGACUAUUCCUCUCGAUUGGCCAGCACGGAUAGGAAGAGCAAGACACUGGAGAACCUGAUGGAAUUUACCCAACGAAUGAUCAGCUCAGACCAGAGAAUCGUUUCCGAGGGAGAUAAGAUUAUGAAGAACCACAUUCAGGUACUCCAAGAACGGUUGAAGAUGCAGGUUGUGGAUCGAGAGUAUACCCUAAAGCGGGCGCAGAUUCAGAACGAAGUGCUUUUGAGCCUAAUGUCUAUGAACUACAGCCUUUCCAACACCCUCAUCUCGAUAUCCACCCUUCGCGAUGCCGCCUCUAUGAAGACGCUGGCCUUUGUCACCAUGUUUUUCCUACCUGGCAGCUUCAUAUCAGCGCUGUUUUCGACCGACGUCUUUGACUGGGAUGGAGUCAAGAAGGGGGCCAUUGGAGUCCCAUCCACACCGCAGUUCGGUCUGUACUGGGCCAUCACGAUCCCUCUGACGGUCGUCACCUUUCUACUGUACUUUCUCUGGGCAGAGUGCUCCAGCUACGAGCGCAGUCAGAAGCGGGAGUGGAAGAAGUGGGAGAACUGGGGGUUGUCUAGCAGUGAGAGCCUCGAGUCUGACCAGUCUCAGUCUCUUCGCGAGACCUUUAAAGAAAACCGGGACAAGGUGAUGAGGGAGUACCAUGCUUUCAUUAGGAGAGGGCGGGGGUCUAGAACUAAGGAUGACUUGCCAUGA